CAGAUAUUGGUUCUGGCUCAAGGCCUUGGUUUCCUCAAGUAGUUUCACCCAUUUGUGACAUGGCCGAAGCUGACAUCGUUGUCAUGCAUGUUAGUGCGACUCUGGAUAGAAUUCACGCCAUUGACCAAACAAACCAACAGUUUGGGGCAGUUCUUUGGAUCCACUUGACUACCCCAAUUCCAGCAGACAUCGACAAGAAGGAAAAAGUGAGGGAAUUGCUGCAAUCCUUUCAGUCUCAGGAGUCUUCUCACGGGACGAAAGCAUUCAUUUGUGCCACAAAUAUGGUCGACAGCGAGACUUUUGGAUAUGCACAAAAUUUCCUUGACGAGGAAGAUGGGAAGAAUUUUCGCCUAGGCUGGAGCUUGGUUGGCAAUUUCGCUGAGGCGUUUGAACUGGAAGACUUUCCUUUUGACUGCCAAGAUUUUACAGUGAGUAUGCAUAUCAAAUACUACAACAAAGACCUGCGGAUGAUUUUGCUCACAUCUGACAACUCUUGUCGCUUCUCCAAAAGGGCUCUGUCCGUGAUUCGAAAUGCAUGGUGCAAAGAGCAAAUGCACAUAUGGGAAGAUGAAGUGCCGAAAAAGAAAAUUGAGGAACCUGGUAUAUCGCGGCAUUUCUUGAAUGUGACCUUAACGAUGAAUCGAAUCCCAAACUACUACUUCACAAACAUUAUAAAGCCAACUUGCAUCAUCACUACUCUGAGCGCUUGUUCCCUGUUCAUGCCUGCCAAAGAUUUGGCGAAUCGUCUAUCAGCUACCUUGACAUUGCUGCUCACAGCUGUUGCUUACAAGUACUUGGUUGCACAGAUGGUGCCUCCGAUUGGCUACAGCACAGCUCUAGACAAGUAUGUUAUGAUCUGUUUCACUUUCCUCAGUCUUAUGGCUGCAGAGAACUGCUUGGCAUUUAAAUUCCACCAUAUUUCUGAGCACGAAGCCACGAUAUGUGGCAUUCUUUUUGCUGCCUUUGGGCUAUACAAUCUUAGCAUUGGACUGUGGUUUCUGAAGGCCGGCCAACAACCUCUUCAUAGCAGACUCAGCAAGAAAUUUGAACGUUGGAAUCGUUGGAGCCGCAACAUCGGUGACAGUGAAGGUGAAUAUCACAAGCUGAUCAGAAUUGAUGAUAAGGAUACAGAUUCCGAGGAAAUGACCUCUCAAUGUUCCGAGUCGUCCGAAUGAGGGAAACUGUUCUGCUCUGUGCUUUGACGUGGAGACUUUAAGUGCUUUGGGCAACAUGAUUGAUGCUGUUCCAGCGCAAUGCCAAAGAUGUGUUGACUGUUUAAGCGACGAGACUGCACCGUUUGACUUGCUUUGAACUUUCAAGGGAAUUCCUGAAGGGCUGAUGUUCGACAGGCAUGAAGAAAUCACAGCACCAUCGCUAGAGAGGAAACACAAACCUUUAGGUGACUUACCGGUCGACGCUAUUGAGCAGUGAUCAGGAUCAUC